GUGAGCGGGGCGCAGACGGGAAGUUGCGGCUGCCAGCUAGGCGGACUGCUUCGGUGCAGGCCACACGCCACUCCGAGGCUGCAUAGGCCGCGCGGAGGGAGACGCCGCGUCGCCGGCCUGGGGUCGGGAGCCGCAGACCACGAAGCACCGGGCGGACUGAGGAUUUGUGGGUGGAAGGCAGGCAUGGUCAGAACCAUUUCACUGACAGGAAAACAGAGACAGGACGUGUCUCUCUCCACGUCUCUCAGCCAGUAGAAGCUGCCAAGCUGGAGCCCAAAGCCAGGUGUGCUGACUCCCAGCGGGGGGCUCCCUGCACCAACCAUGAGCCGCCUGCUCUGGAGGAAGGUGGCCGGCGCCACCGUCGGGCCAGGGCCGGUUCCAGCUCCGGGGCGUUGGGUCUCCAGCUCCGCCUCCGGCCCCGUCCCCAGCGACGGGCAGCCGCAGCCGCCGCCGCGGCCAGUGCCGUCCUCGGAGGGCGGGCAGCUGCGGCACAACCCAUUGCACAUCCAGAUGCUCUCGAGAGGGCUUCACGAGCAAAUCUUCGGGCACGGCGGGGAGAUGCCCGGCGAGGCCGCGGUGCGCCGCAGCGUCGAGCACCUGCAGAAGCACGGGCUCUGGGGGCAGCCGGCCGCGCCCUUGCCCGACGUGGAGCUGCGCCUGCCGCCCCUCUACGGGGGCAGCCUGGACCAGCACUUCCGCCUCCUGGCCCAGAAGCAGAGCCUGCCCUACCUGGAGGCGGCCAACUUGUUAUUGCAGGCCCAGCUGGCCCCCCGGCCCCCGAGCUGGGCCUGGGCGGAGGGCUGGACCCGGUACGGCCCCGCGGGGGAGGCCGAACCCGUGGCCAUCCCCGAGGAGCGGGCCCUGGUGUUCGACGUGGAGGUCUGCUUGGCAGAGGGAACUUGCCCCACAUUGGCGGUGGCCAUAUCCCCCUCGGCCUGGUAUUCCUGGUGCAGCCGGCGGCUGGUGGAAGAGCGUUACUCUUGGACCAGCCAGCUGUCGCCGGCUGACCUCAUUCCCCUGGAGGUCCCUGCCAGUGCCGGCGGCCCCACCCAGCGAGACUGGCAGGAGCAGUUAGUGGUGGGGCACAACGUGUGCUUCGACCGGGCCCAUAUCAGGGAGCAGUACCUGAUCCAGGGCUCCCACAUGCGCUUCCUGGACACCAUGAGCAUGCACAUGGCCAUCUCAGGCCUAAGCAGCUUCCAGCGCAGUCUGUGGAUGGCAGCCAAGCAGGGCAAGCGCAAGGCCCGGCACCCCACACAGCGAGGCCAGAAAUCCCAGAGCAAAGCCAACGGCCCAGCGAUCUCAUCCUGGGACUGGCUGGACAUCAGCAGUGUCAAUAAUCUGGCAGACGUGCACAGCCUCUACGUGGGGGGGCCUCGCUUAGAGAAGGAGCCCCGCGAGCUGUUUGUCAAGGGUAGCAUGAAGGACAUCCGUGAGAACUUCCAGGACCUGAUGCAGUACUGUGCCCAGGACGUGUGGGCCACCUAUGAGGUUUUCCAGCAGCAGCUACCGCUCUUCUUGGAGAGGUGUCCCCACCCGGUGACUCUGGCUGGCAUGUUGGAGAUGGGUGUCUCCUACCUGCCCGUCAACCAGAACUGGGAGCGUUACCUGGCGGAGGCACAGAGCACCUACGAGGAGCUCCAGUGGGAGAUGAAGAAGUCACUGAUGGACCUGGCCAACGAUGCCUGCCAGCUGCUCUCAGGAGAGAGGUACAAAGAAGAUCCCUGGCUCUGGGACCUAGAGUGGGACCUGCAGGAAUUUAAGCAGAAGAAGGCAAAGAAGGUGAAGACGAAGGAGCCGGCCGCAGCCAGCAAGUUGCCUGUCGAGGGGCCCAAGGCUCCUGGGGAUCCCAAGGAUCAGGAAGACCCUGGCCCCCCCAGUGAGGAGGAGGAGUUUCAGCGAGAUGUCAUGGCCCGCGCCUGCUUGGAGCAGCUCAGGGGGACCACAGAGCUCCUGCCCAAGCGGCCCCAGCACCUUCCUGGGCACCCAGGGUGGUAUCGGAAGCUCUGUCCCCGGCUAGAUGACCCUGCGUGGACCCCAGGCCCCAGUCUCCUCAGUCUCCAGAUGCGGGUCACACCUAAACUCAUGGCGCUGACCUGGGACGGCUUCCCUCUGCACUACUCGGAGCGGCAUGGCUGGGGAUACCUGGUGCCCGGGCGGCGGGACAACCUGGCUAAGGUGCCACCAGGCAGCGGCCUAACGUCGGCUGGGGUGGCCUGCCCCUACACAGCCAUCGAGUCCCUGUACAGGAAGCACUGUCUUGAACAGGGGAAGCAGCAGCUGGAGCCGCAGGAGGCAGACCUGGCUGAGGAGUUCCUGCUCACCGACAGCAGCACCAUGUGGCAGACGGUGGAAGAAAUGGGCUGCUUAGAAGUGGAGGCCGAGGCCAGGAUGGAGAACUUGCGAGUGGCAGUUCCAGGUCAACCCCCAGCUCUGACUGCUGCUGGUGGCCCAAAAGCCAGCCAGCCAGCUUAUCACCAUGGCAACGGACCCUACAAUGAUGUGGAUAUCCCCGGCUGCUGGUUCUUCAAGCUGCCUCACAAGGAUGGUAACAGCUGCAAUGUGGGCAGCCCCUUUGCCAAAGACUUCCUGCCCAAGAUGGAGGACGGCACCCUGCAGGCUGGCCCAGGAGGUGCCAGUGGGCCCCGUGCCUUGGAAAUCAACAAAAUGAUUUCUUUUUGGAGGAAUGCCCAUAAACGUAUCAGCUCCCAGAUGGUGGUGUGGCUGCCCAGGUCAGCUCUGCCCCGUGCUGUGACCAGGCACCCACACUAUGAUGAGGAAGGCCGCUAUGGGGCCAUCCUGCCCCAGGUUGUGACCGCUGGCACCAUCACUCGACGGGCUGUAGAGCCCACAUGGCUCACUGCCAGCAACGCCCGGCCUGACCGAGUAGGCAGUGAGUUGAAGGCCAUGGUGCAGGCCCCACCCGGCUACAUCCUCGUGGGUGCUGAUGUGGACUCACAGGAGCUGUGGAUUGCAGCUGUGCUUGGAGAUGCCCACUUUGCCGGCAUGCAUGGCUGCACAGCCUUUGGGUGGAUGACACUGCAGGGCAGGAAGAGCAGGGGCACCGAUCUACACAGUAAGACAGCUGCCACAGUGGGCAUCAGCCGUGAGCACGCCAAGGUCUUCAACUAUGGCCGCAUCUACGGGGCCGGGCAGCCUUUCGCUGAGCGCCUGCUAAUGCAGUUCAACCACCGGCUCACGCGGCAGGAGGCAGCUGAGAAGGCCCGACAGAUGUAUGCGGUCACCAAGGGCCUCCGCAGGUAUCGGCUGUCAGAUGAGGGCGAGUGGCUGCUGAGGGAGUUGGACCUCCCUGUGGACAGGACCGAGGAUGGCUGGGUUUCCCUGCAGGAUCUACGCAAGAUCCAGAGAGAAGCUUCUAGGAAAUCACAAUGGAAGAAGUGGGAGGUGGUUGCUGAACGAGCCUGGAUGGGGGGCACAGAGUCAGAAAUGUUCAAUAAGCUGGAGAGCAUUGCGAUGUCUGACACACCACGUACCCCGGUGCUGGGCUGCCGCAUCACCCGAGCCCUGGAGCCCUCUGCUGUCCAGGGGGAGUUUAUGACCAGCCGUGUGAAUUGGGUGGUGCAGAGCUCCGCUGUGGACUACUUACACCUCAUGCUUGUGGCCAUGAAGUGGCUGUUUGAGGAGUUUGCCAUUGAUGGGCGCUUCUGCAUCAGCAUCCACGAUGAGGUUCGCUACCUGGUGCGGGAGGAGGACCGCUACCGCGCUGCCCUUGCCCUGCAGAUCACCAACCUCUUGACCAGGUAGGCAAGGCCCGUGGCCUCUCUGGCAUGACUAUAUACCAGAUAUGUGGGGCUUGGACCAGGCUGAGCAUGAUCUGAAUUUUCAUCCCCCCCAGAAAUAAAUGUUCCCACUUUUCUCUCUGAUUUUUAAAACUUGUAGCAGUCUUAAAAAAGACUGGCCUCAACCUUUAGAAAAAAUUUUUUGGGGGAUUGAAAGUGUCAUAUACCAAGACUAGAUCACUGAGGUGGUGAGAAGGUAGAAGCCAGGGCAGUUGUUCCAAGAGUAGUUCUCAAAUUGUGCUCCCCUCAGAACACACCUUUCUGUUUUGAAAAUCAAAAUGACAGAGGCUUUUCUCAACCCGUAGAAAACUGAGAUAUUUUCUUCCAUUCGUAAAUGUUAAUUCUUAAGUGCCAGAAGUUUGUUAUUCUGAAUACUGACAGAAAACAUUGUUAAUGGGGAAACUCAAAUGUGAUUUUAAAAACAUAUUUUUUUAUAUAUUGAGUUGUGUUUUUUUUUGUAGUAAAAUUCCUAGUUUAUAUGGUUACAUUAAUGAUGUUACAGUUUCAUGUUGAUCUGCCCCAGAACCAGUUUGGGAACCAUGAUCUAUCCUGAUUAAUGGGUAAAUAAUGGAUGUUUUACAAUACUCAACACUGUCUCCGCUGCCCUCUUAAUCAUCUCCUGGGGGGGGGGGGGUUAUGUUUAACAGAGCUAAUGAAAAUCCUCAUAUAUUCAAAUUCUGGCCCAAUAAUUGAAAUUUUGACAUCAAUAAAGUGUACCAAACUGGAAAAAAAAAGGUGUGUUUUGAGUCCAUAAUUGCACGUGUCUCAGCGGGAGGUGUUCGGCUGCUGGAUAGCGGGCAGUGCUGGCCCUUCAGCUUUCUUUGCUAAGUGAACAGAGCUGGCUGGGGGGAGGCUCUGCCUUACGGAUACCAGGUCAUCUCUCCUGGAUUCACAGCAGGGACAUGACUGUGAGAGGAGGUCG